UAAGUAACAAUUACCAAAUAGUAUUUCACAAGAUUCAUAUGAUUUAUAGUCUGGAUUUUUACUCAAAUAUUUGCCAACAAAACGUCUUUCAAACAUAUUUUCGUAUGAAAUUGUGAGCCGUGAAUCAUUGAGCAUCAACAAUGCUUUCAACAACAGCAGAAUCGGUGAUACAAAGUGGUGAAUACACACCGCUUCGACCUCCCGAAAGACCAUCUGCGUCGCGUCUCACGAGACCAGUGGUUUUGGCGACUUUGACAGCAUGUCUAGGAGCAGUAUCAUUCGGUUUUGUUCUGGGAUAUGUAUCGCCGGUUGAAAAUGACUUAAAGGAAAAGUUGCAUUGGAGCGACGAGGAGUUGACAUGGUUUACUUCUAUACAAGCACUUGGUUGUAUGUUGGGAGCGUUAAUUGGCCUGAAGACCAUUGACAAGUUUGGUCGAAAGUUCAAUAUCAUGGCCUGUUCAGUGCCUCUUGUUGCUGGUUGGAUCAUUAUCGCAGCAGCAAAGGCUCUUCCACAUUUCUAUGUGGGAAGAUUCAUAUCUGGAUUGGGUGUUGGGGCCAUAUCGCUGACAGUUCCUCUCUACAUUGCAGAAAUUUCACCAGCUAAAUACCGAGGUGCACUAGGCAGUGCCAACCAGUUAGGGGUCACAUUUGGAGCCCUGCUGGCGUAUUCCUUCGGUUCAUUUUUAAAUUGGCAUUGGUUAGCUAUUGCCGGUGCCAUACCAUCCACGAUAAUGGCCAUAUUUAUGAUUAGAUUUCCGGAGACCCCUCGUUGGUUGAUAAGAAAUGGUAGAAUAAAUGACGCGUGUCACGCUUUAGAAUAUUUGAGACAAACAACAGAUGAAGAAUGCGAAGAUGAAUGCAAAGAAAUUCGCUGUACAUUAGACGUCGAUGAACGAGUAUCAUUGAGGGAGUUCACGAAGCCAACGAUAUAUCGCCCCUUUAUAAUAUCCAUCAUGUUGAUGGUAUUUCAACAGUUUAGCGGGAUUAAUGCUGUCAUAAUGUACGCCUCUCAGAUGCUUCGUGAUGCAGGCCUUUCUGACGCCAUUGUAGCUGAAAUAGCCAUUGGAGUGGUGCAGUUUGUAGGAACAGGCAUAGCCUGCCUUAUCAUUGACAAACUUGGACGUAGAGUACUUUUGAUAUUCCCAACCAUUCUAAUGUGUGUAAGCAUGGCUGUCUUGGGUGCGGCAGAUUACUACGAUCAUUUCCCAAAGAGUGUCACCUUAAUAGCUUUGUGUUGUUUCAUCACUGGUUUCUCCUUCGGCUUCGGGCCAAUCCCUUGGCUCAUAAUGUCGGAGAUUUUCCCCACCAACGUACGUGGGAUAGCGAGCGGUAUAGCGACUCAGGUAAACUGGUUAGGCGUGUUCAUUGUGACCAAAUUCUAUGUAAACAUGAAGCAUUCGAUGCACCCCUAUGGUAUGUAUUGGUUCUUCGCCGCUGUCUGCCUUGUUUCCGUGAUAUACGUGUUUAUAUUUCUGCCCGAAACGAAGGGAAAGACUUUGGAGGAAGUUCAAAGGCUAUUCGCAGCUCACCGGGACUUACAUGGGCCUGAUUCAUUUGAGAAAUACGGCGGAAUUCACUCUUGAAGAGAACAAAAACUAUUCACUAUAUUUGUUGUGAUCAUUUGCAAAUCGCCAUCUUGGUUGAGUUUUCAACAGGGGUGGAAAAAAUAUUUUUCUUCGUGGGAUUUCGGGUCAAUGGCUAGUAUAAUUUUCUGUGAAACUUGGAAUGUAACAAUUAUAAAAUUACCAAAAACACUGUAAAUAAGUUAAAAUAAUUUGCGACAAAAUAUCUUCUUGCCGCUGUAUUUUCUUGUAGCCAGCCAAUUAUGUAAUGAAACUUGAAAAUAAUUAUAACUAGAAAAAAACGUGAAAAAUGUACACAGGCGUCCAUUUUGAUUGUUGAAUCAACCAAGAUGGCGCCCGCUGAUUUUGACUUCAUACGGAAACAAAAAAUAGGUUAAAACAUAAUACAAACUUUAUUAGGCACUAAUUCAAAUAAUAAGUAAAUACAUGUUUAAAAGAUGGCUUGUUUUUAUUU